CAACCCGGAAGUUAACAUGCCUGAAGUUGUGGCUGCAGCGUUAACCGGUCGUGUUGAUGUUUAUGACGGAUAAACGGAAGCAGCAGCGAUGAGGACUGUGUUAAUGGUCGCUGAGAAGCCCUCUCUGGCUCAGUCCAUUGCCAAAAUACUCUCAAAAGGCAGCUGUUCAACCCGAAAAGGCCUAAAUGGAGCCUGCUCAGUUCACGAGUACAUGGGAAGCUUCACGGGACAAAAUGUGAGGUUUAAGAUGACGUCAGUGUGUGGACACGUCAUGAGUCUGGACUUUAUUGGAAAGUAUAACAACUGGGAUAAAGUCGAUCCAGCUGAGCUGUUCAGUAAAGCUCCGACUGAAAAGAAGGAAGCAAACCCUAAACUAAACAUGGUCAAAUUCCUUCAGGUUGAAGCAAAAGGUUGUGAUUAUGUUGUUUUGUGGUUGGACUGUGACAAAGAAGGAGAGAACAUUUGUUUUGAGGUGUUGGAUGCCAUUCAGCCUGUGAUGAAUAAGCCUUACGGUAACGAGCGUACAGUGUAUCGGGCCAAAUUCAGCUCAAUCACAGACACUGAUAUCUGUAACGCCAUGAACCGACUUGGAGAACCCAACAAGAAUGAGGCUCUAUCUGUAGAUGCUCGUCAGGAACUGGACCUCCGGAUCGGCUGUGCUUUUACACGUUUCCAGACUAAAUACUUCCAGGGGAAAUAUGGGAAUUUGGACUCCUCCUUGAUCUCGUUCGGCCCCUGUCAGACUCCCACACUGGGCUUCUGUGUCGAAAGGCAUGACAAGAUCCAGUCCUUCAAACCUGAAGCUUAUUGGGUCGUACAAGCAAAGGUUUUUAAAGGGAAGGACAGUCCGCUCACCUUAGACUGGGACCGUGUGCGAGUUUUUGACCGAGAUAUUGGUCAGAUGUUUGUCAACAUGGCAAAGACUGCCAAGGAGGCUAGAGUUGACUCGGUGACUAAGAAGGAAAAAGCCAAGCAGAGACCUCUUGCACUGAACACAGUGGAGAUGUUAAGAGUGGCCAGCUCUGCUUUGGGAAUGGGUCCCCAGCAUACCAUGCAGAUAGCGGAGCGUCUCUACACACAGGGCUAUAUCAGCUACCCUCGCACAGAGACCACACAUUACCCUGAAAACUUUGACCUGAAGGGCACCCUCAAACAACAGGCCAACAGCACCUUCUGGGGGGAAACGGUAAAAGCACUGCUCUCUGAGGGCAUAAACAGGCCUAGAAAAGGAGCAGAUGCUGGAGACCAUCCGCCAAUCACACCCAUGAGAGCCGCCUCUGAGAGUGAGCUGGGCAGUGAUGGCUGGCGUCUGUAUGAUUACAUCACACGCCACUUCAUAGCGACGGUGAGCCCCGACUGCAAAUACCUGCAGACCACCAUUUCCUUCAGCAUCGCCACAGAGGGCUUCACAUGCAGCGGGAAGACGCUCAUCUCUGCUGGUUACACGGAGGUGAUGCCCUGGCAGGGUAUUGCACAGGAGGAGGCCUUGCCGGUGUGUGAGAGAGGAGACAUGUUUACUGUGGACGAGAUUAAACUGCUGGAGAAACAGACCAAUCCCCCAGAUUACCUGACUGAAGCCGAACUCAUCACGCUCAUGGAGAAACACGGCAUCGGCACUGAUGCCAGCAUCCCUGUCCACAUAAACAACAUCUGCCAGAGGAACUAUGUGACGGUUGAAAGUGGCCGCAAACUCAAACCCACCAACCUGGGGAUUGUUCUGGUUCAUGGUUACUAUAAGAUUGAUGCAGAUCUGGUUCUGCCCACGAUCCGUAGCGCUGUUGAAAAGCAGCUGACCCUGAUAGCUUUAGGAAAAGCAAACUUCCAGCAGGUCUUACAGCACACGCUAGACAUCUUCAAGAGGAAGUUCCACUACUUUGUGGACUCCAUCGCAGGUAUGGAUGAACUGAUGGAGGUGUCCUUCUCCCCAAUCGCCGCUACUGGGAAACCUCUUUCUCGCUGCGGCAAGUGCCAUCGCUUCAUGAAGUACAUUCAGGCUAAACCCAGUCGCCUGCACUGCUCUCACUGUGACGAGACCUACAGUUUACCACAGAACGGAGCCAUUAAACUCUACAAAGAGCUGAAGUGUCCUCUGGAUGAGUUUGAGCUGGUUCUCUGGACUUCAGGCUCUCGUGGGAAAAGUUACCCUGUGUGUCCGUACUGCUUCAGCAACCCUCCAUUUAGAGACAUGAAGAAAGGUAUGGGCUGUAACGAAUGCACUCACCCAUCCUGUCAGCACUCGCUCAACUCUCUGGGCAUCGGUCAGUGUGUCGAAUGUGAGACCGGCGUAUUGGUGUUUGAUCCCACCUCGGGCCCCAAGUGGCGCAUGGCCUGCAACAAAUGCAACGUGGUGGUGCAUUUCUUCGAGCAGGCACAUAAAGUACAGGUGUCUCAGGACAGCUGUGACUCCUGCGAAGCCUCUCUGGUCAUCGUGGACUUUAAUAAGACACGCUCGCCACUGCCCGAUGGGGAGACGCAACACACUGGCUGCGUGUUCUGCGAUUCUGCGUUUCAGGAUCUGGUGGAGCUGAAACACGCCACCAUGCGGCACCCUAUGCACCGGGCCGGGGGAGCUCGCAGAGGGAGAGGGAAGGGCCGAGGGAGGAGGCCCAUGGGGAGAGGAAAUCCUAAAAAGCCCAAAGAUAAAAUGGCAGCCCUGGCAGCGUAUUUCGUGUAGGAUGAUUUGUUUGUUAAAAGCGUAGUUCACUCAAAACUGAACAUUCUGCCAUCAUUUACUCACCCUUCACUGCACACAUCUGGUUCUGUUGGACACAAAAGAAGAUAUUUUGAAAAAUGUUGGAAACUGGCAACUAUUGACAUACAUAGUAUUUUUUUGUUUCCUAUGCGUGUGAGUGGUUACCGUUUUCUAACAUUCUUCAAAAUAUCUUCUUUUGUGUUCUACUGAACACUAAAGAAGAUAUUUCAAUAAAUGCUGUAAACCAGAAACUAUUGACAUCUAUUGUAUUUUCCCCCUAUGGGUGUCAAUGGUGACUGUUUUCAUAACAUUCUUCAAAAGAUCUUUUGUGUUCUGUUGGACACAAAAGAAUAUAUUUUGAAGAAUGUUGGAAAUCAGUAACCAUUGAUAUCCAUAGUAUUUUGUUUAAAUAUCUUCUAUGUUCUAUUGGACACAAAGGAAGAUAUUUUGAAAAAUGGUUGAAACCAUUAACCACUGACAUCUAUAGUAUUUUUCCCCUAUGGUAUCAGUGGUUACCAUUUUCUAACAUUCGUCCGAAUAUCUUCUUUUGUGUUCUGUUGGACAUUUUGAAAAAUGCUGGAAUCCAGUAACCAUUGACAUUUAUAGUAUUUUUCCCUAUGGGUGUUAAUGGUUAAAGUUUUCUAACAUUCUUCAAAAUAUCUUCUUUUGUGUUCUGUUAGAAACAAAAGAAGAUAUUUGGAAAAAUGUUGGAAACCAGUAACCAUAGACAUCCAUAGUAUUUUCCCCCUAUGGGUGUCAGUGGUUACUGUUUUCAUAACAUUCUUCAAAAGAUCUUCUUUUGUGUUUUGUUGAACAGAAAAGAUUAUAUUUUGAAGAAUGUUGGAGACCGGUAACCAUUGACAUCAAUAGUAUUUUUUCCCCUAUGAGUGUCAAUGGUUACUGUUUUCAUAACAUUCUUCAAAAUAUCUUCUUUUGCGUUCUGUUGGACACAAAAGAAGAUAUUUGGAAAAAUGUUGGAAACCAGCAACCAUUGACAUCCAUAGUAUUUCCCCCCCUAUGGUAUCAGUGGUUACCAUUUUCUAACAUUCUUCAAAAGAUCUUCUUUUGUGUUCUGUUGGACAUUUUGAAAAAUGCAGGAAUCCAGUAACCAUUGACAUCAAUAGUAUUUUCCCCCUAUGAGUGUCUAUGGUUACUGUUUUCAUAACAUUCUUCAAAAUAUCUACUUUUGCGUUCUGUUGGACAUAAAAGAAGAUAUUUUGAAAAAUGUUGGAAACCAGUAACCUUUGAUAUCCGUAGUAUUUUUUUCAAUUAUCUGUUGGGUUAUGUUGAACACAAAAGAAGAUAUUUUGAUAAAUGUUGGAAACUUUUGACAUCAAUAGUAUUUUUUUUUCCUAUGGGUGUCAGUGGUUACCAUUUUCUAACAUUCUUCAAAAUAUCUUCUUUUGUGUUCUGUUGGUCACGAGAACAUGUUUUGAAAAAUGUUGGAAACCGGUAACCAUUGACAUCCAAAGUGUUUGUUCCCCCUAUGGGUGUCAAUGGUUACUGUUUUCAUAACAUUCUUCAAAAUAUCUUUGUUUGUGUUCUGUUGGACACAGAAGAAGAUAUUUUGAAAACUGUUGAAAGAUCGGUAACCAUUGACAUCAAUAGUAUUUUUAUGGCUGUCGUUUUCCAACACUUUCAAAAGAUUUUCUGUAGGCUGCAUGUACAUUGAAGAGGUUUUUCCUAGAGCUGAGCGUUUGUUUUCUGUUGUUGUCAAUAGUAGCGAUGCGUUUUUAUGUGCAUCUUACAAUCAGCGCUGAUUGCUCAUAGUUUUUUUUUUUUUUUUAAGCUGUUGGAAGUUGAAAAACAUAGCACACAACAGUGUCACAUUUGAGCUAGCCAUCCAAUCAAUUGGAUCCAAUCCUGGAACCACUGGCAUCCAUAUUUUUCCCCCUCUGGGUUUCAGUGAUUACUGUUUUCUAACAUUCUUCAAAAUAUCUUCUUUAAUGUUCAACAGGAAAAAAAAAAGAAACUCGUAAAGGAUCGGAACCACUUGAGGGAGAGUAAGUUGUGAGUAAAUGAUCAUUUUUGGGUGAAGUAUUCCUUUAACUUAUCUUGUUGUAGAAAAUCUGAGUCUCUAAAUGUAAACUAAAACCAUGAAGAUGCCAAUAAACGCUUAGUUAGAC